GGAUCUAGUAUUCUGUUGUAGCAGAGAUACACAGAGUCAAUGGUAGGUUUAGGGCCGUCAGAGCUUGGAGGGAGUCGUUCGCAAAAUCCGACUUCAUCCUUUUUUAAACAAAUUAUUUUCAGGUUAAAAAUCACUAGAGCAUAAAGUUCACUCUUUACUCUUUUUAAUAAGACUAGUAUUUUGAUAAUCCGCCGUUCGGAAUGUUAGGAAACGAUCGGUGAAAAUCGGAUAGCUUACUGUGAAUGGAAUUAGCAAGAUAGCAAACAGUAUUGGGGGAUCCUGGCUGUAGGAGACAGAAGAAUAGACGGUUGACAAAGAAGAUAUUUCGCUAAACAUUUGUAACAUAUAUACUCCACUAUUCCUGUUAAAGCUAGCUUUAUCGCUAGCUUUGUUGUUUAGCCAUUUACGAUGGAAUUGAGAGUUGGAAACCGAUACAGACUGGGAAGGAAAAUUGGUUCUGGAUCCUUUGGUGACAUUUAUUUGGGCACUGACAUCUCUGUGGGGGAAGAAGUAGCCAUCAAGCUAGAAUGUGUGAAAACGAAGCACCCACAGCUGCACAUCGAGAGCAAGAUCUACAAGAUGAUGCAAGGAGGCGUUGGUAUCCCAACAAUCAAAUGGUGUGGAGCAGAGGGAGAUUAUAAUGUGAUGGUAAUGGAGCUGCUGGGACCCAGCUUGGAGGAUCUGUUCAACUUCUGCUCUCGCAAGUUCAGCCUUAAGACUGUUCUUCUGCUAGCUGACCAGAUGAUCAGCCGUAUCGAAUACAUCCACUCCAAGAACUUCAUCCACAGAGACGUCAAGCCCGAUAACUUUCUGAUGGGCCUGGGAAAAAAGGGCAACCUUGUUUACAUCAUUGACUUCGGCCUGGCCAAGAAGUACAGAGAUGCUCGCACCCACCAGCACAUCCCUUACCGCGAGAACAAAAACCUGACUGGCACUGCUCGCUACGCUUCCAUAAACACCCACUUGGGAAUAGAGCAGUCUAGACGAGACGACUUGGAGUCUCUUGGCUAUGUGCUCAUGUACUUCAACCUGGGCUCUCUGCCAUGGCAGGGUCUGAAGGCUGCCACAAAGAGACAGAAGUAUGAGCGAAUCAGUGAGAAGAAAAUGUCCACUCCUAUUGAAGUCCUGUGCAAAGGAUACCCAUCUGAGUUUGCCACAUACCUCAACUUUUGCCGCUCCCUACGGUUUGAUGAUAAGCCCGACUACUCUUACCUGAGACAGCUCUUCAGGAACCUUUUCCACCGACAAGGGUUUUCAUAUGACUACGUCUUUGACUGGAACAUGCUCAAAUUUGGUGCAAACAGAGCAGCAGAAGAUCCAGAGAGGGAACGAAGGGAUCGGGAGGAAAGAUUGCGGCAUGGGCGGAAUCCUGCUCCCCGUGGCAUGAUCCCUACCAGCUCAGGCAGACCCAGAGGAACACAAGAAGUAGCACCUUCCACACCCCUCACGCCAACCUCACACACAGGAAUGGAGCGAGAGCGGAAGGUUAGUAUGAGGUUGCACCGCGGAGCCCCUGUCAACAUUUCCUCCUCAGAUCUAACUGGUCGACAGGACACCUCUCGCAUGUCCACUUCACAGGCUCUUUCUCGUGUCACCCCCAGUGGCCUGCAGUCUGCUGUACCUCGAUGAGACCAUACACACACCUAAAGAGCAGACCAACGACGGCCCUGAUCUGCACUAGGACUUCUCCAGCAGCCUCUAACCAUGUGAAAUCAACCUCAGCAAAUCAAAUCUACAGAGACUUAUUUUCCUCUCAAUGCAAUUAAAACACUUGAGGCACACAAACCCAAACCUUGGACGUUUUUGUUAUUUUGGCACACACAACACAAACAUUUCUUCACCUACACGCAUCGAAAGAGACCCGGGCACAAUAAGUCAUGCUCUUUACCAUCGCUUUUUGCCAGAAGAUCGCAGGCAAAUUGAGAGGGACGGGGCUGAGGGGGGGUGGCGUGACUCUUGGCCGUCGCUGCCUUUGCCCCUCUGACACACCAGGAGGAAGGGGCCGUCCUCCUGUCGUCCAGGGGCCUCUUCACAAGCAAAGCGUCUUGGCUAAAUUCAUGUAUACCUGCUCUGAUGCCCUCUCCUGUUGCAAAAAAAUACUUUAACACUGCUUGGAAUGCAGCUGUACUGAUAGCCAUUGACAUUUUGCUAAACAUAAUUUUUUUGUCUUUUGUACACAACAGAAAUUAAUUUCACACUGGCUUCAUUAUUUUUCAAAUGAACCUUUUAGUUUAACCACUUUAAGCGUAAGGAAAAUAUUAUGUUAGCAAGCGUGUAAGUUCAUGUGGCAGAAUGAAGGCAAUGUCCCUUUUAUGUUUUUUGGGCGGUAUAUUGAGUGGAAGGCCAGGCUUGACGCAAAUAUAGGUUCGGAAAUAACAAGUCAUGACCACAUAACACCCUUUAUUACAAUUACUCAUUUUAGACUAUUUUUAGUUUUGUCUGCAUCCAACAACCUGGCCCUCAUCAGUUCUUGCUCUUUGAUUUUAUUGCAUUCCCUUGAGCUUCUUUUGUUUCCUGAAAGCUGUGAAAUGCCUGUAUUGUAUAAAUGUUGAUGUUAUUAAUGUUGCUGUUUGUAUCAUUUUACCCCCACAUCAAGGUUGGUGCUUUUACGAAAAUGCAGGCACGUAUGUGGUAUAGUUAAGACAGUUGGACUGAGUCCCGUUUACUAAAGGAAGUUUAUAGUAGGUUAAGAAUUAAAAAAAGGGCUCCAUCUUUCUGACUGGAGGUGUAUACACAUUAACAAUCGUGUUCUCACCUGACAUUUUUGGGCUGAUGUUGAGACAGACUGGUUUGUUUUGUUUUUAUGAUUUGAAUAUGUGCAUUACGAUUUGCAAUGGAUGUCUCCUGCCCAGCUUGUCUCAUUGAAAAUACACCAGCCAAUAUUAAAAGCCAUGCCGUUUUUUUCUUUGUGACUGACACUUUUAAAAAUUGAGAUGAAAGUGUUUUUGGGAAAUUUAUUUUCUAUUAUCAAUUCUUUUAAGACUGCUUUUCCCUUAUUUCGAAAGUGUGGUUCCGUGACUUACUGGUGCUAUAAGUCACAGAGGAAGAGGAGGGCAACCUGCCUGUCCAUAUCAUUAGAGCGUAGGCUUUUUUCUGUAGUCAUGGGGUGGGGGGGAUAGUGGUGAAACUCUUAAAUUCUGUUGUCAUGUAUAUAGGAUGUUUCUAGUGAUGGCAAAUACCAUUUGUCAUAGCCACUGUCUGUGUGUGGGUGUAUUUGAGUAUUGGGAAAAGGCUAGUGCUUAGAGAGGUGAGAGGGACUUGUUUCCUUGGUUCUAGAUCUAAUAAGUUAGUAUUUUUCUCUCCACUGGUGGUCUCACAGAAACAGCCACUCCAGGACUGGUGGUGUUUAAAUGUAGGCACAACUACACUUUGUCUGGAAUUGAGCUAUUGUGGAUUUCUCUAUUUUCGUUUUCUGGUUCAUUCUACACAUGACUGCUUGGCCAGUCCUUCUGCAUCACACAAGCAUCACACUGUGCUGUAUCAGGUGGAAUUACAGAAAUCUUCCUUCACUGGGAGAUUUUUUUCCUCAUUUGUAUUGCCACUGUAUUUGUGUAUUUUAAAAUGUGUAAAUAAAUUAAUAAGUACUUGUA